UGUUCGAAGGUAGUUGCCGAAGUUGUGAGAGCAAGCGUGAGUGCACGGGAGCGAGCAGUGCUGUGGAUUAUUACACCGGCCUGGGAAGAACAGGAGAGACGGGAGCGCCGCUAUCUGACUGACCUGACAAGUGGAGAAGUAGUUUCAAACGGCGGUCGGUCGACAGGGAAAUCUACCGGCAUUUAACCUCACCCAGGAGCGCGUUUUUCUUUGCCCCGCGGAGUGUCUCACUCCCGCACAGAAGGUUUGCUUAUGAAGCCAUGCUAAUAAACAUUUUCCUCUUGCGGUGAGCUGCCUGGUGGACAGUCAGAGGCGUCAUGGCGGAACUGCCUAUUGCCCCGGGACAGGUCUACAUCGAGGUGGAGUAUGACUAUGAGUACAAGUCCAAGGACCGCCUCAUCACCAUCCGGCAGGGGGAAUGCUACAUGCUGGUCAAGAAAACCAACGAUGACUGGUGGCAGGUGAAGAAAGAGGAGGGGACUAAAGCUUUUUAUGUACCUGCUCAGUAUGUCCGAGAGGUCCGCAAAGCCCUCAUGCCACCUCCUAAACCCAUCCCACAUCAUCCGGCUGCCACCGGCAACGCACCUCCCCAAAGUGCAAGUGUACUCUGGGUAAAGCCAACCAAUCUGGAGCUGGGACUCCAAGAUCGGUCUGCUGAGAGCCUUCACAGACACGAGUCCAGUCGUCGCUCACCCUCCGCACAAACUGCUUCUUCAGGGCACUUCAGUCCCCCCAGCCAACGCAGGGACAAUGACCACCAUCAUGCCCCUAGCCCCCCCACAGACCACGAACGAGCUCUGCUGAUUCCUGUCCAUGGGGGAGGUCCUCAGCCUACCCAAAGAGGAGGGUCCAGCACUCUGCCCCGUACUCGAGCUCGAUCCCCAGAGAUGGCCAGGGCCCCGCUGGACGUGGACAGCACCCAGCACUGUGACUCUGCAGGGGAAGAGAGACCCGCCAAUGACUCUGAGUCUGGAGAUGAACUGAGCAGCUCUUCCACUGAACAUCUCCAGACGGUGUCUUCAUCGGGCCAGGGCCGCUCCGAGUCGCCUGUCUACACCAAUCUCCAGGAGCUGAAGAUCACCCAGACCAACGCGCCCCCUCUGCCCUCCGGCUCCCCGCUCCACGCGCUGGGCGACUGGGAGACCUACAAGGACCACAGCGGCAGGCACUUCUACUACAACCGCUCCACCCAGGAGAGGACCUGGAAGCCGCCCCGAGCCAGGGACACCAGCACUGGGAAUUCCAGGGGAGAAAAUCACAGCGCAGGAGAGGGCUCCGAGACCACUCCUCUCUCGCUCUCGCCAUCUUUCCUUCCCUUCUUCUCGCUCUCCAUUGGUCGACUACAGCCUCUGUCAUCGGAGGACACCUGCUUCAGUACCUACUCUAGUCAGUCAGACAGUCAGUAUGGCUCACCGCCACGCGGUUGGUCGGAGGAGACGGAUGAGCACGGCCACACGCUGUACGUCAGCGACUAUACUAACGAGAAGUGGUUAAAACACGUUGAUGACCAGGGCAGACCUUAUUACUACAGUGCAGAUGGCUCCAGGUCAGAAUGGGAGCUGCCAAAGUACAACCUCUCCCCUCCCCAGCCGUCUGGAGAUGCUCCAAAAAGUCGCAGUCUGGACAGGAAACACAUGGAGCCCAUCGUCCUGACCAAAUGGAGACACAGCACCUACGUCCAAGAGCCCAACGACAAGUGGCUGUUAAAAACCAGGCGAUUCCGCACCGGCUCUGCCCGUCUACACCCGUACAAACACAAAGACGCUCCUCUGGGCCCCAAACCCCCCUCUCCUGACUCUGACUCCUGCCCUUCGUCUCCCAAGCCCCCCGCCUCUCCGUCUGAAAAGUGUGGGGUUCUGAAUGUAACAAAGAUCACUGAGAAUGGCAAGAAAGUACGGAAGAACUGGACUUCUUCCUGGACAGUGCUCCAAGGAUCCACGUUGCUGUUUGCCAAAGGACAAGGAGGUGGAACCAGCUGGCCAUACUACCACAGUGGCUCCUUCCCUGAAUUUCUCCUCUCACUGUUGAGUAACUGGAGGCCGUCUGCUAAGAAACGUCCUGCUGUCUCCUAUGGCUGCUCAGGGUUCGACCGAGCCUCCUGUUUUGGCGGUGGUCAGUCCAAACCCGAGUUCACUGUAGAUCUGAGGGGCGGCUCGGUGGAAUGGGCUUCCAAGGACAAAUCCAGCAAGAAGCACGUUAUAGAGCUGAAGACUCGGCAGGGCACAGAGCUGCUGAUCCAGUCAGAAAAUGACGGCGUCAUCAGCGACUGGUACCGAGCGCUACAGGAGACCAUCAGCACCCACGCCUGGGAGUCCGAUGAGGCCAUUGAAGAGGACAUGCCCGAUUCGCCUGGUUUUGAGAAACAUGACAAGGAGAAAGAACACAGAGACUCCAAGAAAGGCAGAGCUGCCAUGAAGACCUCCACCAGCAUGGACACGUCGGACAACAAGAAGACCAGACACAAGCUGAAGAAGUUCCUCACCCGACGUCCGACCCUGCAGGCGGUCAGGGACAAGGGAUACAUCAAGGAUCAGGUGUUCGGCUGCAGUCUGUCCAGUUUGUGUCACAGGGAGAACAGCACUGUGCCAGGCUUUGUAAAGAUGUGCAUCGACCACGUGGAGAACAUUGGUCUGUGUGUAGAUGGGCUGUACAGAGUUAGCGGAAACCUGGCCGUUAUACAGAAACUACGCUUUGCUGUCAAUCAUGAUGAGAAGGUGAACCUGGCAGACGGGAAGUGGGAGGACAUCCAUGUGACCACUGGAGCAUUAAAGAUGUACUUCAGAGAGCUGCCGGAGCCUCUCUUCACCUACGCUCUCUUCCAUGACUUCGUCAGCGCCAUCAAGAUAGCAGACUACAAGCACCGAGUUCAGUCCAUCAAAGAGCUGGUCAGACAGCUGCCCAAGCCCAACCAUGACACCAUGCAGACCCUCUUCAAACACCUCAGGAAGGUUAUCGACCACGGUGAGGAAAACCGCAUGACCACCCAGAGCGUGGCUAUCGUGUUCGGCCCCACGCUGCUGCGGCCCGAAACGGAGACCUGGAACAUGGCGGUCCACAUGGUCUACCAGAACCAGAUAGUGGAGCUGAUACUGCUGGAGUACGAGAACAUUUUUGGCAGAGCUCUUCCUAAUCCAGCAUGGCCCUGCCACCAAACAGCGGCCUCUGUUCAUCUCAAACUGGCUUCUCCAGUCUUGCAGCCUCUGGACCGAAGCCGAUGCAAAUAUGUCUCAUAAACCAAAACAUAGGUGUAACUAACUAGCGACCAAAAAGUUCAAACUCUUCGCACUUUUCAGUAUCUCGUGUUCUCCUGCAGCUGCAUUUGUGCCACUUUACUGCAAAGGUGACGUCCUCCUGUCCUGACACUGGAUUCCUAAAACCAAUAAUUCACAGGCCAAACAAGCCUCUACUACUGCACAGACGGACUUUGACCAAAGGAGCUGCAGAGGAACGAGCCUCAGUACCCUCUAUUACAGAGCAGGCGUCAGUAUUGGAGGUUUAUGAUGCUGGAUGCAAACUUUAUGUACUGUACCACACUGUAAAUCUCAUCACUCCUGUAUGUACCACACUGGGGAACCGUGGGCAGAAACCAAACUGCUCUCUACCCUCGGCAUGGCUUUAAACGUUUAGACACUAAAAGGUGAAACAAGUAGAACAAGGAGAAGAAGGGACGUGGAGGUUUUUUGUUUAGGAACUGUAUGAUUUUCAAGAACAGGUUUUGGCUCGUUCUGUACUGACCAUGUUCCCUGUUUCGCUCACUUUUUAUUUUAAAUGUGUCUUUCUCCUUCUCCCUCACUCUGAAUCUGCUUCUCUUCCCCCUCUUUCUCUCCUUUUCCUCCUGAAAUACUGGACCCCGGUCCUCUGAACACGUAAGAGGUUAUGGCCGCUCUCUGUAUUAUAUCUGCAUGCCACCUUCUCCAUUCGGCUUUUAGAACAAAUCAUCUCGCAGCAGUUAGACCAUUAACUUGAAAACAAACAACGGUACUCAGCUGUUUCUUUACCUGACGAAUGGAUAUAAAAUGUUGAGGCCAACAGCCUUUAAACAUGUCUCCAUUGAUGCAUUGUACAGUGUUUAUGUGUGUGCAUGUGGAUUGGGGGUGGGGUGGAUGGAUGAAUGGAUUCACUGACAAUAUAUUGUACAAAUAGUAAAUAUAAGUACAUAUGCCUGGAGUGUUAAAAAAUAAGAUAAGCGGGAGAAGUCACUAUUUUGUGAUCAUUGUGUACCCAACGUGAGGAAUAAAGUUAUGAACUGGGGAUGUGGAGGUUUACCUGUGAAUCAGGUAGAUGGAAGAUUGUGAAUGUAACUUUGCAAAGAAAAUGCUGUUGGCUUUAUCGAACCGGAAUA